CUUUCACCUCAAAUCCAGACAUCUUGGUCUUGGGGAAAUAUCGAAGGAGGGCUGUACUUCGAGGUCAUACAUCUGGAGAGCAUUCCAGGGAUGCUGUAUUCUUGUUUGUGCUAGCUAGAUCCAACACGUCAAAGUAGCUCUGUCUCUAUCAGCUCUGACCAUGGCGACGACUCAAUUUUCUACCACUAUCCAAGAUGACGAUAUGGAGAUAUCGUCUGACAUUGAUCAUCGACCGGGCAUGGACGAGGACAUAGAUAUUGAUCUGGACCUUACCGAUGGCAGAACUGAGGAUCAGGAUGACGACUACAACAUCAGAGAUGCGAGUCUGGAGCCAGCAGGCAUUGAAACGGAUUCAACAGCUGCCAUGAAUGACGAUAUAAUGUUGGAUGAAGAAAACGUUAUGCAGGAUGAUGGCCAUGUUCAAGAUGAAGAAAUUUUCGACGUCAAUGACACGACAGAACAUGUCGAAAUAAAAGAUUUUGCAAUCCCAGAUCAACUUGACGCAACUCGGAACGACCAAUUUGGGACAUCAGUUGAAGAGAUGGGGACUUCAAGUGCGCCAGUGUCAAAUGCUUUGAACGUGGAUACAGAACCUGAUCCUGGCAUUUUAAAUUCGAUUAGUCAAGAAAAUCCACCAGAGUCAACACUCCUGACUCCUAAUGAGAAUGGGUCCGAACAUAAUCAAGUGGUUUCUGGCUCCGUCAAGGACAGUUUGCCACUCGCAGCCGAGGAACGCCGUUCCAUUGAUCGAGUCGAAGAGGUCGAUGACACGCAAAGGGAGACAGAUGACCAAAAAGACUCUGGUGAAAGCGAAGAAACCCGCGACUUGCAAGUGAACAGUCUGAACAGUCAACAUCCAAUAAGCCCCCAGGCAAGAGAGCAGGUUGAAUCGCAUUCUGGACAACCGGACGCAGAAUCCCUCAUCCAAUAUCAUCCUGUUGUCCUGGUCUACCAGGGAAGCGAGAUGUCACUGUUCCCUCCUACAGUCGAAGACGCUGCAGACACAUUUCUCUUGGAGGAUCAUGAACUUGUUCAUCAAAGCUUCCAAGAACUUCUGAAAGCUUGUAGAUCUGUUUUGGCCGACAGCAUUAGUGAAGAGGAUGAGUUGGAGAUCAACAUUGACGAUCUUGGGCUGUCCCUUAACGAGGAUUCAAUUCAUACCAAACGCACUAGCUUAUUCCGAAUCUUGGAGGUCUAUAUACAGUUAUUGCAGCAUGAUGGCGUGGAGCAUCCUGAUCCUCUGUACAUGACAUUGAGCACCAGAGUCAGAUUUUCCAAGCGGCUUGAUGAUUUGGUCCAUGCUGUAUCAGAGGGAAAGGGUCUUUCUCAGCUGCCUUUCUGGACGCAGCUUUCUGGCGACGAGGACUACGAGGGUGACGAGAAUGACGAGCCAGAAACAGAACAUGAGGCUGAGGUUCGCACUCAUGUAGUCUCCGACGAGGCGGCUUCAGAGACAGGCGCUGCAAAAGUGCAGGAUCUCAGGAAGCCGCCCUCCACUCAACCUUCUACUUUGGCAAUUGACUUGCAGUCUGCCGAAGUCGAGGCCCCCAUUUUGCAGGAAACCUCCAAGCCUGCCACAUCAGGAGGAGAGCAGGAAGGGCAAGAAGAGCAAGCAGACGGUGUGGAAGAAAAUGGAGAAGAAAAGGUCGGAGCACGGGAGGUGAACUCCACGGCCCAUGCUGAAGCAUCUGAACACCCUCAUUCAGCUGACGACGAGGGCCCUGCGAAAGAUGACAGCCAAGAACAAUAUGAGACAGGAGAUGAGCUUACGGGUCACGAUAAAACUGCAGUGCAGGAUAAUCCCACAAAUGAGCUUCAAGGCCACGCUCAUUCAGAACAUCAAGGUUUGGACUUACCUGCUGAGGAUCAAAAUGCCAGCGGCGCGUCUACACUUUCAGCGGAUAAAGAAGAAAGGCUCAACGACUCAAAUAUUAACGCCGAAGGCGCCGAAUCUCAUACAUCUUAUGCACAAACGAUACAGCAACCCUAUUCUCUGUCCGAGGCGGAUGCGGUUCAUUUUAUCUCCGAGGAUGCUGCGAAACUAUCCAAAGAACCAGAAUCCGAUGAACAUGUUCAAAAGCAAGACAUUGAGUCUCGCCCUGGACAAGGAUCUUCUCUUGCAAACGGACAAGACCACGAUGACCUCGGUCAUGCCAACAAUCUUCCACAAGGAACCCCCCAAACCACUCCUUUAGAAAUUCCGGACGACCAAGCCAACGAUCUAGAAGAGGGCUAUUCUGCCAGUCCUCGUCAAGAAGAUAGGGAACCAGAAAAAGAACAGCCGGAAUAUACCGGGGAUGCUCAAGCUCAAAACGAUGAAGAAGCAGAGGAAAGCUGGGACAUUAAUGUUUCCUAUCCGGAAGAAAUAAUUUUGCCUGCUGGGUUUGACAAGGCUGAAGACAAACCAGGCCUUGGCACACCCCUCAGUGAGGACAAUGAAGAAACGGAGGGAGACCAGCAGAUCUUUGAGCCAGUCGAAGGGGACGACGAGUCUGGUCCAGCUGUUGGUGAAGUCUCCGAUACCGCUGCACCUGUCCUGGUCCACGAGCAUGAAGACGAGGUUGGAGAUGACGAAGAUGAGAUAAAUUAUGAUGACAUUGAGAAUGGCAUCAGUGAUGAUGUCGAUGAACCACGCGCCGAUGAAGUUGACUCAGCUUAUGCUGAAGUAGAGACGGUGACCAUGAAGCGUGGCCGCCCAGAUGACGAGGAUGGGGAAGUGAAUGAGGAUGAAAGCCAAGGCGAGUCCAAGCGCUUCCGCUCAGCCUCGAGGGAAUAGGGACUUUCGGUAUCGCCCUUCAGUCACCGUUUCCGUCCCAUCUCUAACGCCCUCUUCCUCAUGAUCCCUGAUUUUCGCGGACGAUUUGCUCUACCCCCAUUUAGAAAGUUUUCGUCUAGCGCCUUCGAUGGACAUCUACCGGUGCUCGUCCUCCCUGAAGAGGCAUUCAGCCCUCACUGGUUGAGCCAGCGGAUGCAGGUCCAAAGCGAUCUUCAAUAGUUGGGUUCAGGCCCACCUCAGUACUUGCGCAUUUUUUUUUCCCCCAGUGGCCGAUUUGCUUUAAGGGUAUACCCUCUGAUGCUUGGUAGGUAUCUGCGGCUCUCAAGCCGGCUACAGUAAGUCUUGCAUAUCUCGUGCAUUUUCAUUAUGGUUUCUCUACGUUCUCAAAAGCGAUGCGAUCAUUCAUCCCCUCAAAUUACCUCAAAUAGUUUU